AUGACGACGCGAUUUGAACUUCUCUCUGAGAUCGAUCCAUCGAAAUUCGAAGCAGUAACCCCGUCGCAGUUCAUCACAUUCACAAUGGUAAAUUCCCUCAACCACCGCCGGUGGCUCCACGCUCCAGCACUCCGCGUCGCCGUACUCGAUUCUCCGAUGGUCAAAGCUGACGAUGAAUCCCCAAUAAUCGCUGCCGUGAUUGUACCGAGGAACCGGGAAACAGACUGGACCUUCUGUACUGAAUCAGGCCAUUUUCAGCUCCUAUUCAAAUUCCAUGGCGUCUCCCGCCUCUUUCUAAUCGGUAAUAUUCCGCCUCAUCUCGGCGCUUCCGUUUAUAAAUCCCUUCCGGUUCUUGAUUCCGAGGAGCAGGAGAAACUAAAAAACGAAUUGAAACCACUACUGAUGUCCUGGUAUCCCAAAAAGAGUUCUGAUAAUGAUUUUCCAGAAACCCUAUUCUUGACAGAUGAAGAUGAUGUAGCGUAUCGUGUGACUGUAGCUAAAUUUCUGAGCCCCAUUGUUGGUGAAUUUCUUGUUGAAGAUGUUGAGUUGGUCGGUGGUGAUGAUCGCAAUAAACAACUCCGGAGGAGAUUGCGAUUUAAGAGAAUGCCUAAAGUGAUACAAUCGGAGGCCCUUCUUGUUCCUAUCAUUCCCUAUGACGAAGCUACUACACUGACAAAUUUGCAAAGUUUGAGGUCAAUAGAAGGCGCAAAGUUUAAUGCUGAUACAACAGUUUUGGUUCAACAAUACUUGAUUCCCAUGGUUGCCGGUAUGUUCUUGAUUGCUUCACAUCUCAAUGAGCAAAUUCACCAAUCGUUAGCUCCAACAGCUUUAUGUUUAGGCGUUGGUGGUGGCGUUUUGAUAAAUUUCUUGGACACUGAAAUGGGGUUUGUAGUUACUGGAGUGGAGGCCGAUGCUAUGGUUAUAUCUGCUGCCAGAUUUCAUUUUGGGUUAAACAAUUCAGGGUUUAAUCGACUAAUUGUUGGAGAUGCCAUAGAAACUAUUCAAAACUUUCCACCCCCAAAGCCAGAAGAGGACUCAGAUGAACUGAAGGUUGAUGAUGAUAUACCAGAAGGAGACAGAGAUGAUUCAAAGGUUGAUGAAAAUGUACCACAAGAGUAUCAUCCUAAAUUUGAUGUGAUUUUUGUUGAUUUGGAUUCAAGGGAGGCUAAAAAUGGGUUUAGUGCUCCACCACCAGAAUUUGUUAAGAAACCUGUUUUUGAAAGUUUGAGAUCACUUCUUGAUGAUCAUGGUGUUCUUAUUAUCCAUGUGGUUUCUUUGAAUCAAGUGUUCUAUACAACAUUGGCGGAAGAACUUAAGGAAAAUUUUCACAAGGUUUUUGGAAUUAAUGUUGGAAAUCAAGAUAAUUCUGUUGUUAUGGCUACUGUGUCACCACCUUCCUCCACUGAUGAUGAUAAUGAUUUCUUGAAGAAGUUGAAAUCUGUGACUCCAGGGACUAAUAUGGAUUCCAUAGUGGAAUUGUGA